CAAUACUUCUCCCGGAAAGAAAAUUGGUAUAAAAAUAAAAGAAGAAAUGUUGGAGGUCAACAACUUUGCAAAAAAUGUUUCUUCAAAAAAACAACAACAAAAUUUGCCUCAAAAAGAAUCUUUGGUUCAGGAAACAACGAAAAAAAUAACCAAGAAACGCAAAUUAAUAAAUAUCAAGGAAGAAAAUGAUAGCAGUUUAAAUCAUUCCCCCAAUAUUAAUAAUGCUGCUGCUAAUGAGUUUAAUCCGUUGGAUAAUAUUCUCAAUGAAAUUGAUGCUUUUGAUACUUCAAAUAAACCAAAAACCAAGAAGAAACGGGAAAAGUUGAUUAAAAUAGAAUCUACAAGCGAUGUCGAAUCAGGAAAUGCACCCUGUUCUAGUCAACAACUACCACCACCUGUUACUCCAUUUCCGUCUUCUGUUACUAAUAGGCCUCUAAAUAGAAUUGAACUGGCAAGGCAGGAACAUGAUAAUAGUAUGGUCCAAACUUUUUUACAUAAAGAUGAUCUAAUGGAAAGAAUUUUGGCUUAUAAAAUGUUAAGAGGAAAAGUUGAAUCUUAUUUAACGAUGAAGGCAAAAAUUGAUCUUAAUACUUGUAUUACGCCUGAAUAUGAGAUCAGGCCAGAUUUAGUGGAACCAGUUUCUGAUCGUUUACAUCCAAAAUUGGAAACAUUAAUUAAACAAGAACAAACUGAAGCAAAAAAAGAAGAGGAAGAAAAUCCUCCUCUUCCGCCUCCCUUUCCUCCUCCACCUUUAUUCGAUUCUUCAUCAUCUUUUAUUCCUCCACCGCCUCCUUCUUUAAUUCCUUCUGAAGCUGCUAUUUCACAGGCUUUACACGGUCCAAUGACCCCACCAGGUUCUCCUGGAACUAAUCAAAGUUCUUUAUCUGCUACUGGAAAUAACCACCAACAACAAAAGAAUCAUCAACAGGAGAUGUUUCCAUGUACUUCUGAUACUUUAAUGACUAAUGAAGAAAUUGUUCCAACACCGAAACAGUCUAAAUUGGAGAAAUCUGAAUCAACAAUAAAGAAUUGUUCAACAAAUGAAGAAUUAUUUAAAAAAUUUGGUGCAAUGCUUGGAUUACCACAACAUCAAAUUUUAACAUUUUUCGGUGUUGAUUCGAAGAAAUAUGGUGAUUUACAAUUUGAUGAAUUAUUGGCAACUUUUAGAGAAUCUCUAACUAAACAUUUAGAAGAGAAGGAGAAAAAGAAACUUGAAACUGGUGGAAAAAGGUUUUGA